AUGGGUUCCAAAAAACAUAAGAAGGAAUCGAAGAAGAAGAAGCACAGGAGUCGGUCUCGUUCCCCACUGGAAAAUGAGGAGGUUCAACGUGAUCGUACGGAACGCAAAAAGCAUCGGAAACAUAAAGAUCGCAAACGAGACCGCUCCCCAGACGUUGAGGAGGUGCCGGUAGACUCCCACCUCGGCAAGGACACGGCAGCCCGCUCCCACAGCCGCAGCAGCAGUGUAGAACGUGACAGACGAGCCAGGGAACAAAACCGCAAAGAGAAAGAUGAAGAGAACCACAGGGAGAAGAGUUCAGAGAGUGAAGCGAACACGUUCAUACCAGCUCGCUCGGCCGACCGCUCGCAGUCACCGCCCUCCACCAGUGGUGGCGGUGCGCAGGAGAGCCUGUCCAUCGAGGAGACCAAUAAGUUACGAGCUAAACUUGGACUGAAGCCACUGGAACAGAAUGAAAAACCUGGAGAUGAUGGUAAAAUAAAGGAUGAUCUGGGCGAGUUUUACCACAAGCCAGCAGCUAACCUUGCACAGCAGAAGAAAUCGGAGAAAAUAAGAGAGAAGCUUCAAGUGCACAAGGAGAAGAGGAAGAUUGAACAAAAGCUACAGACAACACUACUAGCUGAGGAAUCAGACGAAGACGAUGCUGCUGCCUGGGUGAAGCGCUCUCGGGAGAUUGAUAAACAAAAACGUGAAGCUGCCAAAAGGGCAGCGAUGUUGGACGAGAUGGACGCGGUGUUCGGAGUGUCUGCGCUGGUGGAGCAGGACUCGCGCGAGGCGCGCCAGCGCUCCUACACGCACAACCAGCUCAAGGGACUCAGGGUCGCGCACGACAUCGACGCCAUAAGCGAGGAGCGCGAGGUGGUGUUGACACUGGCGGACAAGGACGUGCUGGCCGAGGACUCGGAGGAUGUACUCGUCAACGUUAACAUCGUCGAUGACGAGAGGACCAAGAAGAAUCUAUUGGAAGCGAAGAAGGCGAAGGCCGGUUACCGCGCGUACGACGACGAGGCGGACUUGGAAGCUGCAGCGCUGGGCUUCGAGCGACCCGUGCUGGCCAAGUAUGACGACGAGAUCAACAAGGGGAAGGAAGCCAAGACCAAGGGCUUCUUCAUUGGAGACGAGGACGUGCUCGAAGCCAAGAAGUUCAGGGAUAUGAUGCGCCAGGAUCGUCUCCAAGGCGGUGGCGACAAGAGGCUGGAAAGCCUGCAACUACCUGCGCUGCAACUGGCCUCCGACUAUAUGGACGAACAUGAGUUGCAGGCCAAGUUCAAGAAGACCAAGAGAAAGGGCAAGAUACGCAAGAAACCGAAACAGGAACCUAUCGAUGUGGAAGACUAUGACGCGGCCACCGCACCGCUCGAUACAGACGACACAGAAGUGAAAACAGAGCUACUGGCGCAGCCGCUGGCGGUGGACGAGGACGAGGCCGAGCCCGACACCGAGCUGCAGGCCGCGCUGGCCCGCGCGCGCAGGCUGCGACAGGCUGAGAAAGCUGAGGACGCGCAGUUCAAACUGCCCAAGGUAGAAGAGAUCCUGGAGCGAGUGAAGGAGGAGGAGCCUCAAGAGGAGGAGGGCAGCGCCAUGGUACUGGACGCCACUGCAGAGUUCUGUCGCACUCUAGGAGAUAUACCCACUUACGGACUGGCAGGGAACAGGGACCAUCACGCUGAGAUCAUGGACUUCGAGCGCGAGGACAUGGAGGUGGAGGCCGAGGCCGACAGUACUGCGGGCGCGUGGAGCCGGGUCGAUGUAGACAAUGAGAAACCUGCUGACCUUGCUGCGGGUUCGCACGUGGGCCUGGAGGCCGAGCCCCGGCUGGGUGCCGGAGUAUGGGGCGCGCUGCAGCUGGCGCUCAGCAAGGGGUACCUCGAGCGCGCGGGGGCUGCGCCCCAGCCUGCCUCCGCCGCCAAACAUCUGCUCACCGCCAGGCACUACUCCAUCGAGGACAAGACAUACGGGGAGGACGACAAGUACGGACGUCGUGAGCGAGGCGGUCACUCGGGCCCGCUGCAGGACUUCCGCGAGAAGAACAACUUCAGACCCAACAUCAAACUGGAGUACGUGGACGACGACGGACGACCACUCUGUCCCAAGGAGGCAUUCCGGUACCUCUCACACAAGUUCCACGGGAAGGGACCCGGCAAGAACAAGCAGGAGAAGAGGAUUAAGAAAGCCGUGCAGGAAGGGCUGAUGAAGAAGAUGAGUUCGACGGACACCCCGCUAGGCACCCUGCAGAUGUUACAGGACAAGCAGCGCGAGACUCAGUCUCCAUACAUCGUGCUCAGCGGACUCAAGCGGGACUCUACCAACUGA